UUUGCUUAAUUUCGCUUGCAGAGUUAUCCCCAUGGGUCGGGUUUUUAACCGUAGACUGGAAAGACAGCUUAGUGGUAGGUCAAACCCGAAAUCAAAGAUAACCCUAGGGAGUGAAUUGCUGGCUGACCUAGUAGUCUGGGAACAGUUUCUCACGCGAUUUAACGGGAUUCGGGUCUGGCGUACCCCUCCCAUGUCUAGCCAGUUACUGCACCUUUUCACUGACGCAGCUGGAUCGCACGGUUACGGGGCCUAUUUCCAGGGAGAGUGGAGCGCGGAGCCCUGGCCGGAGUCCUGGGCCCCAGCAGGCCUUACUCGAAACCUGACUCUCCUGGAGCUAUUCCCCGUGGUCUUGGCGGUCGAGCUGUGGGGUGGGAAGUUGUCGAACGGGACUGUUGUGUUCUGGACAGACAACAUCAGUGUGGUUUUUGCGAUCAAUAACUUGUCAGCCACCUCAGCAAAGGUCAUUACCUUGCUGCGCCACCUGGUGUUGCGCUGUCUGGACCUUAACAUCCAGUUCCAGGCCCGUCAUGUCCCGGGCGUUAACAAUGUUGUAGCUGACGCCCUGUCACGAUUCGAAUGGGUGACAUUUCGCAAGUUAGCCCCCACAGCUGCAGCCGUGGGUUUACGCUGUCCUGAUUUCCUUUGGCAGCUCGUCCUUCCUGGAUAGCCUUACUGCCGUUGGUCCGCUCCUCCUUAGCACCAUCCACUUGGCACGCCUAUGCCCGCAUGUGGUCUGAAUGGGACAAUUUCUGUGCGUCCAGGGGAGCCGACGCUGCUCAGGGGUCUAGGGACAACUUACAUGAUUGGCUGGCACUACCCCCGGGGUGAAGCGAAUCUGGAUUGUGGGCCACUCCUUUGUCCACUGGGCCUCCCUACGCUGUGCGUCCCUCCCAUUUGGCCAAUCCCUAGGUCUCC